UGGAACAUAUGUGUUGUUAGAAAAAUCUCUGGAGAAAUGGGAUCUUCCAUUAACGAGAAAUCAUACCCCUAAGUAUUCAUCUGGUUAUGAUAUAUACAAAUCUAUUGUACAAGAAAUUCGUUACAAUGACGGAGGUUUUGAGACUGAAGAUCGAGAAAUUAAAUUAUUGGAUUUGGAAUAUGCAAGAAAUGAAGAAUUGUUGUUACUUGUAUCCAGUGUUCCAAAUUCAAAUCAAAUGGAAUUUGAUGAAACCAAGAAUGUGUCAUAUUUUUUAAUAGUGUUAACUAUACCAGAAUUAACAUCUGACAAUGGACAAUUUGAUAUUAUUAGAUGUAUUCCUCUAAAAGUCCAAAGUGCACAUCUAAUAAUGCCUAAUGGAGGUCCAGCAGUUUUUGUGGUUUUUCCUCAGGCAAUACUUCUCACAACAACAAUUAAAGGAGCCAACUAUAAUAAUAUUGUAACAAUGCGAGAUCCGAUAAACGAUAGAAUCAUUGGUUUUUGUGCAGAAGGUUCUAAAUCUUGGCAUUUUAAAGAUAAAGAUGAUAAUAUCAGUCAAAUUCAUGUUUUGACAACUAAGACUGGUGUUAUGUCUUGUCAAUUGAAUGUUGCUGAAAUCAAGGAAAAAUCACCUCAAAAUAAAUAUGAUGAAAUGGACAUAGAGGAUUCGCAGGCUAAAAUAAAUAGAGAGCUUAAGUUCACACUAGAACAAGCAGUUUUUCGUAAAGGCGGACAAAAUGUUCCAGUGGAAUGUACUCUCUCACCUGAUUUCAAGGGAGAUAUUAAUCAAGUUGUUCUGGAAAUUAGUGAUGAAAUUUUGGAAUCACGUUCCAAAUUUAUGGAAAAUUUGAAUGAUUUAAGUUUUCAACUUAAUGAAAGAGAUAAUAAAAUGGCUAAUCUUAUUAAAUUUAUUAAUAACAGUAACAUUAUGGAUAAACUUUAUUAUUCUUCAAGGCAACAAUUAUUUUGGAAUUCAGAAAAAGUUGCAUGUGCGAAAAAGUUAUGGGAAUAUUAUAACAUGUCUUAUAAUUCUAGUCGAGAUGCCCUAGAAGAAUCUCUUCGAAAAUUAAUGACCAAUGCAAUUCAAGAUUAUAUCCAAGAUCGAAAUAUCAAGAUUAAACCACUUGAAGAUAUCUCUAGAUAUUUCUUUCGUUAUCGCGUGCGAGAUUUGGGUUCUAUUUUUACCCACAUACAAAGAGUAAUCGAAAUUUUAUCUGACACUGAAGCAAGAAGUACAACAGUGUUGGAAGCAAAUGCAAUCAUACUGCUUUGCUUUGAUGCAGCAUUCGAUUUUAGAAGAAAUAACAAGGAAUUAUAUGCAAUCACAACAAAUGAUUCCAAAGGAUCCUGGACAUAUCAAUCUGAGCUUUUAAAAGUUUUACAAAGACAAUUUGAAGAAACGGAUAUUGUAAUUAGGAAUUAUACUCUUCAAACUCAAAGAUCAUUUGUCUGGUUUGGCAGAUGUCUUGUUUAG